AAUUAGAGAAGCUUUCUAAUUGCUUGCAAAAUUACAGCCACACGCCCGGUUAUAGAUACUUAUGUAUUCUCUAACGGAUUGAGGAAUUUUCGGACAUGGCUGGGGAUGCUAAAGAACAUAACGGCAGAUGCGAUGAACUGCGAUUGGAAUAUGUGGAGUAACAAUUAAUUAGCACCUGGGCGACGACAGCGAAAUGAAAGUGCUGUCCAAUGGAGCUGACUAUAUAUGCAUACUAAGUCUAUAUAGAUCACUUCUAGUAGCACCUUUAACUGGGUCAUGAAAAAACGAAAUCAAAUACAUGUCUCUGCGCGGCUCACACUCGGAAUAAAACCAUUCCAGCUUCAGUUUCUCAGUGGAUUCGUGAAUUUCGCGCGGUGCGGUGCAGUCGAGCUAUACGCGAAGCUCGAACGGAUAAUGACGAGUGUGUAAGCUCAAUACAAAACAAAAAGGGAUUAAACGAAAUUAAAUAACACAGAAAUAUAUAAAGAGUGUCCUGUGUGAAGAAGACUAAUUAAAAUGACACGACUCGGCGCAAAGUGUGCGCUGCUUUUAGUCUUAAGCCUUGCGCUAGGUUUGCUGCUGCUGCCCAUGCAAAUCGAGGCCUAUUCACAGGUCUUGAUGAGCGGGAAUGGUGCUGCAGCGGAUCAGGGACCACGCAUCUACAAGGCGCUGAAUACGGAUUUAAUAUUUCCCAAAAUUUUUAACUCGAGUGAGAAUGUGGUGUCCACAACAAGCACCACAACGACGACGACAACUGCGCUACCUUUGCCCAUACCAUACAAUCAUAUACAAGAAGCACAGGUGAAAACUGAACCAAAGCCUGUGGUGGAGACUGAAAUAAAGCCUGUAGUGGAUCAGGAACCAACUGUGUUCGUCACGCCCUUAACGCACGAGCAGCCAACAGAAGAAUCUAGCGAAUUGCCGCCGCCGGGCUUGAUUGAAGCUGCGUCUACUGGACGCGCUAUUGACUAUCGCACCUCGUAUCCAUUUGGCCAGCUUCUCACGCCGCAAAGGAAGACACAGCGUCCACAGCGACCAAAGACACAGAGUCAACGAUACAGGAAUCCACAGCGCGGCUACAAUCGUGGUCAAUUUCAAGAUCGCUUUGCUCCCGGUGAAGGCGUCGCUUCAAAUGUCUUCAAGGGCAAUCAUCAGCAUUCCCAUCAACAACAGUAUGAUGGCAAAAUAGCUGCCGGUUCCAAUGUCGUUUCUUCUUAUGUGCCGCCCAAGGAUGCCUACUCCUUUCCGCCGCUCAAUACCAAAUAUCCAUCGCCAUCGCAGGAUCCCAAGGCUGCGCAGCCCUCGGAUACAAUUUCCAGCUAUUUGCCACCUGCAUCGGGGAAUGCUUUGAGCACUGCCGGUUAUGCUUACAACAGUCCCAGCACGGGCUAUCAAUAUCCUGGUCCUGUGAUCCCAGCCGGUGGUGAUAAGCUGCCGGCGGCGAGCUCAGCAAGCGCAGUGCCAGCGGCUCCAGCUGAUGAUGAUCCCGAGAAUGAUGACGUGAUUGGUACAUUGCCAGCGAGUGCACAAGAUAAUCCGGCGCCGGCCAAGGAUGAGGGAAAAGAUGCAGGAGACGCGAUGGGAGGCGACACUGGCGGCGUUGCGAUGAGCGGCGGCGAUGAUGGUGGCGAUGCAGGAGGCAUGCCUGGUGGUGGUGGCGGCGAUGAUGGCCCAUUGCCAGUGUUACAAACUGGCGGCCAAGCGCAUCCCAGUGACGAUAACAAGUAUGAUCCUAACAUGGAAUAUGCAACACCGCCGCCCGGUUGGUUGGAAUCCCAUCCGGAGUCGGCAGCUCCAAAGCCAGCAGACCACGAUCAUGACCAUGACCAUGAUCACCAUCACGACCAUGGACACGAUUACUCUGAGCCCUUGCAAUAUCAUGAUGAUCAUCCCGAGCAUCACGAGCACUAUCCAGAUCAUCAUGAUUAUGCUUAUCCCUCAUUUCCCGAUGUCUCAUAUCCCGAACUUAUCUAUGAUGAUCAUCAUCACCAUCAUCAUCAUGUGGAACCACCGCCACCUCCUCCUCCACCGCCACCACCACCACCGCCAACCACACCGCCACCGCCUCCUCCACCACCGCCGCCACCACCAGAGCCACGUGUUAAAAAGUACAGUUACUUCUACAUUGGUCGAAAACUGUGGUACAUACCUCUGUACUUCACCGUGUGGUUUAGUUUCUACAUUCUGUGGCUGAUCAUCAAGUCGAUUGGUCGUCAUAAGGUCAAUUUGCCCAAUCACUAUGUGUCGCGACGUAGUUUACCCGAUUAUUCGGAUCAGAGUAGGAAUGAGUUUAUUAAUGAGAUGACAGUCAAUGUGCUGCAGCAGAUAGAUAACUUUAAGCAAAAAUAUUUAUAA